CGAGAGGGUCAGAGGUCAUGUUGUCUGUGAAGCUCGUGUUCUGCUGCCUCGCGCUGCUGCCAUGUUUGUUUGAGGCAAAAUCCCUGAUGAAUGUUCUCAAACAGGAAGAUGUUGCUCCAGUGAGUAUCGACUCAAGUAAGGCUCAUGAGUUCCUGUCCAGUUCCCGACCCAAACGCAACAUUGAUCCGCGCUGGCACAGACAAACUCCAGAUUUCCAGGCGUAUUACAGAUAUUACAACAGCAUCGGACACACCGAAGGGUUGUAUGAGAUUGAUCGGAUCAGGAUGCUGUAUCAACAGAUGAGGCACUUAGAAAAUGUUUAUGGUCCAAAUGCAUCAUACUAUCAGAGUAAACUUGGUAUUCCGGCUCUUCCACCUCUCCCUAAAUGUGACCCGGCCAAAGACAAGACCUGCAAACCAGCUCCACCGGAGAAAGCCCCGCCCCCAGCGGCGGUUAAAGCUUCUGCCCCGCCCCCUCUGGAGCAUGCGGAUGUCAUCUACCUGUGCAACAACAAAGACCCCCUGUGUAAACCUCACAUCGUUUAUAUGCCCACCGGUGCUGUGCCAGUGCUGUGUGACCCGCGAUACCACCCCACCUGCAAGCUUCAGGGACCACCCCCUCCUCCUCCCACAAAAUCAGAGCCACCCCCUCCACCCGCCCUCUAUAAGGGGAUGGAAUACGACUGUGACCCAUACUGGGAUCCCGACUGCCUCAUCGAUCAACCACCACGGCCUAUCAAAGGUAAAGCCCCGCCCCAAGCGCCCAUAACAGAAGAGGAGCCAGCCCCGCCCCCACCCAUCAUUAAGAAACACCCACAUCCUUAUUAUGGCCGUCAUCCCUACAAUUACCAGUCUGAACUGUUCGACCCGCUGCGAUAUGCAUAUCCUUCUGCUGACACGCCAGAUGUGAAAUAAAGAUGCUAAUGUUCUCCAGCGCACACACAUUUACCCCAUAAUAAGGUGUAUGUGUGUGCGCCAAUGUAUUACCAAGAUGACAAUGUAAAGGUUAUAAAGUGUAAAACAUCAAACACACACACAGUUCAUUGUCCAAACUGUUCCCUGUGAAGUUAAUAAAGCGGUUGAGGGCUCGUGAUGGAGUAAUGAGUGUGUCUGUCUGGUUUUUGUUCACU